UUCGCUUAUGCGCCGGAUGCCCUGUUCCGUCCGCUGCGUGAGACCUCCGCGACAGCAGGGGGCAGCAGAGCGCACUCGCGGCGCCGUUCUACACUUCGACUCUUUACCGUGUUCGCUCGCAAGUUUUGAGCAGCCCACGGCAGCGGUGCGUGUGCUCCCCUGACAGACUUUUCUUUCGGACGGUUUUAACGCCUUCACCUCUACUCUUCCCUCGUACCCGCGUUAGUUUAGCUGCCAUGCCGACUUUUCUGGCGUAUGUGAGCACGUGUAUUAUAAUAUUAUGUGCGCUUCUAUCGGCGCGGCGCAGUGACAGCAGCAGGGCUGCGGUGGCCGCCGCUUCUUUCUCCCAGUCUCUGGACAGCGACUUCACCUUCACGCUGCCCGCCGGUCGCAAGGAGUGUUUCUACCAAACCAUGAGGAAAGACGCCUCUCUGGAGAUCGAGUACCAGGUGCUUGAUGGAGCAGGGCUAGAUGUGGAUUUCUCCCUGUAUUCACCCAGUGGAAACAUGCUGAUCGCUGACUACAGGAAGUCAGAUGGUGUGCACACAGUGGAGACAGAGGAUGGGGACUACAUGUUCUGUUUCGACAAUACCUUCAGUGCUGUUUCUGAGAAGAUCAUCUUCUUUGAGCUCAUUCUGGACAACAUGGAAGAUCUAGAAGGUGGUGACCCAGACUGGAAGGAGUACGUCCAUGGGACAGAUAUGCUGGACAUGAAGCUGGAGGACAUCAUGGACACCAUCAACAGCGUGAAGGCAAGGCUGGGAAAGAGCCUGCAGAUCCAGACUGUGCUUCGAGCAUUUGAGGCUCGAGACCGGAACUUGCAGGAGAGCAACUAUGAGCGCGUCAACCUGUGGUCGUGCACGAAUCUCAUUGUCAUGGUGGUGGUGUCGGGGGUGCAGGUGUACCUGCUACGCAGCCUCUUUGAUGACAAGAGGAAAAGCCGCACAUAGCACGCCCACAGAGGGACAGAGCCCCACGUUACAUCCAGCUGGUGCUGGAGCCCCCUCCUCUGCUGGAGCACUGCCUGGCAUAGGCAAAGCCCUCAGACACCAAGGCAUACGUGCAUACAUAUAUACACACAUACACACUCACUCACGCAGUGAUUCGCUCGCAUACACUGAUUUUCGCAAACCAUCCGCCCACUCUUUUUCCUCUCCAUCCUAUCAUUAGAUUUUUUUUUUUUUUUUUGCUUUUUUGGGUUAUGGGGACAGUGGGAUGUCCUUACACUCCCCUGUAAUGUAUCUUUUCUGUGUUACGCUACUGAUCUGAUGGACAAAUUGCUCAUUACAGCACAAUUUAUUAUUGAGAAGAAUCUAAUGUUGGAUUACAGUGUGUGCCCCCCCCCAUACAGUUUCAGAAUAGAGAAAUUUUAAUCGCAUCUCCAUGCUGCUGACUCAUUUAAUGGAGAUUUCGAAUUUGAGCAACAAGGUUGGUGUUUCUAAAUCAUCGAACAACUAAUGCGAAACUAAAAUAUUUAUUUGUCAUAAAUAUGACUUUCUGUUGUGUUUCUCUUUUUAAAUAACUGAAUGCAGCCCUAACUAGAUGAAGAAGGGAACUUUACAAAUUAGGUGGCAAUUCAGUUUAGGCACUGAAAUCUUCAGACACUCUGUCCAGAUUUUAAUAAUCCCCAGCCCAUAAUAUAAACCCCAUGUGCUUCCAUUGUAACUUGCCUCCAGUCUCUUGCAGUAUUCCCAUUUCUUGCUGUCAUGCUUUUUUUUUUUUUUUUUUUUUUUGUAAAGUGCUGUAAUGUCUGACCUCCUUUUAGCAGCAGGUAGCACUAAUGAACACUUGACAAAACCAUCAGGUCUCUUACUGGAUGCUACUUGAUUAUAAAUGGAUACUCGCAUAACUUGAGGUCUCAGUGUGUCCUGUUCAGUUGUUAUUAUGUCCGAUUCAUGGCUUUCAGGUGAUGGUUGUUCUAGGAUUAAACUGCCAGGUCAGGUUUCACUCUGUCUAGAGAACCUCCAAGCUGGGGUUGACAUUCACUUUCCUUCUCAUUGUUUGACUUCCUGUUUUGGAGGUAGGGUGAACAACAUGGGGGCAUGUGCUCAUUUUGUUUUUAGACUAGUUAAGAGCGCUGCAGUAAUUGUCUUGUUACAUCGUAUGAAAACAAAAGGACGUUAUAAAAAGUGUUCCAUUUUCCGUUAAAAUUUUAUUGCUCAGUGUCAAUUCAGUUUUACAUCUUGGAUUUUUUGUGUGCACUGAUAAUUUGCAUUUGCAGUCCAUUGGCCUUGUCUGGCGUCAGCAGAAUAGCACAGAGGUAUUUUAUGCAGUCACACCAUGUACAGUAAACAGAUUAGAACAGUGCAUGGACAUGAUGUAAACCUUGGAUGGAUGUGAAAUCCCAAGAACGUAGGAAUCUUUCGUAUCUCCAAAAUCUCCGCUUUUAAACAUGUUUAGCACAAGACUGUUUUCAUUGUGUAACGAAAUGAGUUUAACUCAUAAUUCCUGGCAUAUGAAAAUUCAUAGGCUUUAAAAAAUGCAACAGCUACACUUUCUUUGGUGCCGGUGUUACUCUGGCAUAUAAAACAGGUAUUCCUGGAGCUACUGAAAUGAGCACAAAAGAACACUAAUGAACUUGAUGUUUUCUUAGUACAUAUUUAGACAGACAUGAAUAAUGAGGUUGUGCUGCAGCAGUCCCAAUGUCACAAGGUAUCAAUAUAUUUAGUCUUUAAUAAUGGAAAAUAGCAAUAUGUCACAUGCCUGUGUACAGCUUAACUAACAAUCCAAGACAAUGGUCUUUUUAUGCAAAUGAUUAACACCAGCCAGUCAUUUUUAUUUCUGCUUUGGGAGGCGAACGGUAAGAGAGCUGCAGCCUGUGAUCGAAAUGUUCGGCUGAUGUUAUGCAGCCUUUUACUCCGCGGAAGGAGUGAAUUAUUGUGACAAUUACUGUAAUGAGAUGUCAUGAGGAAGAUGCAGCUCUGAAUGCAUCCGCCGUGGUCUUCCAUCGUGUCACCUGCCAAUACCUCUUAGUGAAAGUGCCUCCAUAUUAUAACUGUGUUGCCUGGUUUUCUUCCUAUGCCAACUGGGUAAAAAAAAAACUCAUUCAAAUAAAAUG